AUGGUAGAAAAUACACCUACUUCUGAAAACUCAAACAUUGCUGCAACUACAGAAAAGCAUAUGUUGCUGCUUUCACCAUCACCCUCUGUCAAUCACUCUUAUUCUCUUCUAAUCGGAUAUGAGAAGCAAAGAGAAGUACAGCUUUCACAGCAUCAUCAUGAGACUGCUUUUCUUGCUGGAAAAACUCAAUACAAUGGAAACUCACUUACUGGGAAAACACAGUACAAUGGACACAAAUCCAACUUUGAAGUUGGACAGUCCAGUGGUCAAAAGUUUAACUCAGACAAAAAGGGAUUCUCAGAUCCAAGAAAGGGAUAUCAUGUAUGCUCUUAUUGCGAAAAGACAGGUCACACAGUGGAAAACAAGAGGUUCACAUCCAAUGCAAAAGGAAGUGCAGCAAUGAUGACAAAUAAGGAAAAUGGAAAUCAAUCAGCCCAUGCAGGAGAGAAACCUAUGACUCAAGACCAGUUCCAUAGCUUCUAUCAAUUGCUUCAAUAUGUCAAAAUAAUAUCAGUAUAUCACUCAGGUUCUAUUGAUCUAAUGUCUAAUUUCACUCUCAGAAAUGCCCCUUCAUUGAAGAGGCUAGCGGUCCUUGGUAGAGCUAAAGGUGGACUCUAUCUUCUUCACACAGUCAAGCCUAAAGUUGCUGGAGCUACAAAUAACAAUAGGAUUCCUAGUGUUUCAGUUUGUAAUAUGGUUGCUAGCAACCCAGUUUCUAAUUCUAUUUUGUUUUUAGGUGUUGUUGCGUCUAAUGUUCAUGUAUCGCAUAGCAGAAUAGGACAUUUACCUUUUUCCAAUAUGAAGAACAUUCCAGCUAUUCCUUUAUCUUCAAUAAAAUCUGAUUGUUUUACUUGUGAUAUUUGUGCUAAAUCAAGACAAGCAAAGUUGACAUUCCCUUCUAGUUCAAUCCCUUCUACUCACAUUUUUGACAUAAUACAUGUUGAUACUUAG